AUGACGGAUAACAGAGAGCCAAAACGGUUGAAAAAUCUUCUUGCAUAUUAUCCAUCCCACCAUCCGGCAUUCACUACAUAUGGGUUUAAUAGUUGGAAGAAUGUCAAUUCAAAGAAGUCAGGCCUUCUUAAGUAUGUGGGAGCCCUCAAUUCUCCACAUAAUGCUUGUAUGCGCCAAUGGGAAGUUCUAAGAAAUCCGUCUAAGCACAUUGAGAGUGUGAUUAGCACUCAAUCAACACAUGAAAAAUUAGAUAAUCGACUUCGGCUUGUUGCUGCUAUAGAGAGUGCAAGGUUGUUGGCACAUCAAGGAUGUACUUUUAGAGGUCAUGAUGAGAGUAGUAAUUCAUCAAAUGGUGGCAAUUUCACUGUUUUACAAAAUGCUUUUGGGAGGAUGAAUUUAGAAGUAAAAAGAGUCUUGGAUAAUGCCCCUGGUAAUGCCAAAGUUAUUAGAGAAGAGGAAAUUGCAGAUUUAGUGGCUGCAGGUAAACUUGAAACUGGUAUACGGCCUAAUCAGACUACUACUUUGCAACGGGCAGGGGCUACUCGUUGGGGUUCACAUUUUCGCUCUAUUUCAAGUUUGAUAAAAAAAUUUGGAGCCACCCAGAAAACUCUUGCAUAUUUGGUAAUUAAUGGACUUCCCAAAAUACAAGGAGAAGCAAAGAGUGUAGGUAAAGCUAUGAAGAAAUUUGAUUUUGUGUUUUGCUUGUUUUUGAUGCAUGAUACCAGGAAGAUUACUGAUUUUCUUUGUCAGUCAUUGCAAAAAAAGGCCAUGGACAUCUUAAAUGCUCUAAGAGUUCUUUCUAUUGCAAAACAAAAGCUUCAAGCCAUGAGAGAUAAUGGUUGGGAUAAUUUGAUUUUGAGAAUAACAUCAUUUUGUUGUGAGCAUAAUAUCAUUGUUCCAGAUUUGUCUACUCCUUACAAGAAAGGUACAGAACGAGCUUGUCCAGAGGAUAUUAUAAAAGAGCAUUAUUAUCGGAUCAAUAUACUUAAUGCUCUGAUAGAUGCAUUCAAGCCUGAAGAUGUUUGCUCUCUUGCUUUGAGAUUUUACCCUAUGAAUUUUUCUGCAGGUGAUAUGCUUGCUCUAGAGAUGGAGUGUGGAUUUUUUCUAUCAGAUGUUCAGAGUGAUCUAAGAUUUGCAAAUACAACUUCUAUGUCUGAUUUAUGUCGGCGGAUGGAAGAUGACUUUCUUGAUGAUUUGAUGGUUCUCUACAUUGAGAAAAAGUUUAUUGAUAGUGUUCACAAUAAUGAUGUAAUUGAGGAGUUCACAAAGUUAGGACCUCGGAGGGUAUCAUUCUGGUUUUAA